AUGCUACAACCUGCCAAUCUGAAAUUCACAAAUCCCCUCUAUGGCCAGUUGAUUGUUGGCCCACCCGGCAGCGGAAAGACAACCUAUUGUCAAAAUGCCUUUAAAUUCUAUAAGGAACUGGGCCGGCAAGUGGGCAUCGUCAAUUUGGAUCCGGCCAAUGAGAAUAUGGACUACACCGCCUGUAUUGAUGUAAUGGAAUUGAUUACUGUUCAAGAUGUUAUGGAUACAAUGCAUUUGGGACCCAAUGGGGCUCUCAUGUAUUGUGCAGAAUUUCUGGAGGAACAUCUCGAAGAUUGGUUGUUGCCAAAUUUACGGAAAAAAUCCGCCGAAUGUCGUUAUUUCCUAUUCGAUUGUCCAGGACAAGUAGAGCUGUAUACCCACCACGCCUCCAUGUCACGGAUAUUUGAACGUUUGGAACGGGAAGGUUAUCAUUUGGUAACAGUGAAUUUAAUUGAUUCCCACUAUUGUUCGGAACCAAGUAAAUUUGUCUCAACCCUAUUGUUGGCCUUAAAUAUGAUGUUGCGAAUGGGUUUGCCGCACAUUAAUGUUCUGUCCAAGGCGGAUUUACUCAAGCAGCAUGAAGAUAAAUUACAUUUUAGUUUGGAUUUUUAUACAGAUGUUUUAGAUUUAAAAUAUCUUCUGGAGGUAUUGGAUGACACGCCAUCAUUGAAACGUUAUAAGAAGUUGAAUGCAGCCAUUUGUUCGAUGGUUGAGGAUUACGCCCUUGUUUCGUUUCAUUUGCUGGACUCCCGCAGUACGGAGAGUAUGCUGCGUUUAAGAAAUCAUUUGGAUAAGGCAAAUGGUUAUAUUUAUAAGGCUGGUGAAGAACAGAGUGUUAAUGCACUGAUGGCAUGUGCUGUGGGUGCCGAACCGGAAACUUUACGACAAAGUAAAGAUAUUGAUCCGUAUGUUUAG